AGUGGGCUGAAGCGGAAGAAGAGUGUAGAGGAAAUAUCAAGGAGGUGAAGGGACGGAGUUAGGCGGCUGCUCGGUGAAUUGUUGGGGGCGAGAGUCGGAGCGAGUUGUAGGUUGACUCAUUUUCUGUCAAGAUGGAUCUACUGUUUGGGCGCCGGAAGACCCCAGAGGAGAUGCUGCGGCAAAAUCAGCGGGCUCUGAACCGUGCCAUGCGAGAAUUAGACCGUGAGCGGCAGAAGCUGGAGACCCAGGAGAAAAAGAUCAUUGCUGACAUCAAGAAAAUGGCCAAGCAAGGGCAGAUGGAUGCUGUGAAAAUCAUGGCUAAAGAUCUGGUGCGGACAAGGCGCUAUGUCAAGAAAUUCAUCAUGAUGCGGGCUAACAUCCAGGCAGUGUCCCUUAAGAUACAGACACUCAAGUCUAACAACUCCAUGGCUCAGGCAAUGAAAGGUGUCACCAAAGCCAUGGCUACCAUGAACAGACAGCUAAAGUUGCCUCAGAUUCAGAAAAUCAUGAUGGAGUUUGAAAAACAGUCAGAGAUCAUGGAUAUGAAGGAAGAGAUGAUGAAUGAUGCUAUUGAUGAUGCGAUGGGAGAUGAAGAGGAUGAAGAGGAAAGUGAUGCUGUUGUCUCCCAGGUGUUGGAUGAGCUAGGUCUGACGCUGACAGAUGAGCUGUCAAAUUUGCCUUCAACUGGUGGUUCUCUGAGUGUGGCAGGAGGAAAGAAAGCUGAAGCCUCCGCAGCUCUCGCUGAUGCAGAUGCCGAUUUGGAGGAGCGGUUAAAAAACCUACGGCGAGACUAGAAGAGCGGUGCCCAGCUCCCUUCCCCUCCCCUAGCAUGGGUGGCUCUUCAGACCCUCUUGGUGUUAGGAUUACACCUCUGUUGUGGCAGGGAGUUCUAGCUUUGCAAGCUUCUGUGAGGUUGACUGCGGGUGGCAUAAGUGGGGGAAAGAAGGCUUAAUCGAAGCUGUGUGGUGCUCUUAUUCCCCUCUGAUCUGAAAGGACUUUCAGCAUCACCUGGCAAAAUUAUGUGGGCAAAAUGUUUUUCUUUUCUGUUUUUUCCCUACCGUGAAAAUGCCUCCAUUUCCAUGAGACUGGAUAGCUUGGAGUCUAAAGGAAGCUUCUUUCUGAAUGAGGGGAGGGGGUUAGGAGUAGGUGACAUUACCUACUCACUCCCCCAUGUUCUUAUGAUGAUGAUGGCAAGGUGGAGGAGGGUGAGCAGUGGAACAGCAGGUGGUAUCUUGGUUGAUACCCCUGCCGUUGAAAAGGGGCAAGAGACUCUCUGACUCUUUCCCCAAUAAAACUUUAUAUAAAGCCCUGCCCCUGGAAGGAGGCAGGCAGGCCUCCCCAUUUUAUCUGUUUGUCUCUUGUAAUAAAGGUGGUAGAUUUGUACCGAGAGUUCCUCCGGCAUCUGCUGUUGCCCCUGAAGUGGAACAUUGAAACUGGCCCCUGACCACUGUCUGUGGUCCUGAGGGUCCCAGCACUGCACUUUUGCCUCUCUUUUUAGUGCAACUGGUGACUUUUGGAGCAGGACACAUUUUAUGCUAGAAAUGUGGGCAAAUUGCCUUAGUUCUAGACAUUUUCCUUUUGAGCCUGGGAACAUUUGAAGACCAUUGUAAGUGUCUUCCUACUCUACAUAUAUGCAUCUGCUUGAAAAUAUGGGCCCCGUUAGUGAGUUAUAGCUAGACAAGAGAGGGCAGGUUUAAGCAAAGGGAAGGCUCCUACAAAUUUGGUUUAGAGCAAAGAUGAGUAAGGGGGGGAAUGUGGUAAAAGUGGGUACAGUUACAGACAAUGGAGAGAACGUGGUAAGGCACAUUGUUCCUCAAACUGCCAGAACUUGGAACAUCCAGUGCUUGAAUGGGAAGACAUUGAGGAAAUACCUACUUAUACAGCGCAUAAUUAAGCUGUGAGAUUCCCUUCAGGAGGAUAAGGUAAUAGCUUUGAUCUCAGCUGCAAGGAAAUUCACUUGUCCUCCAUAAAUCUGCCUGUUAAAUCCAGUAACCUGAUGGCUGUAUGGAGACAUCAGGGACAGAAAAGGGCUGAAAGAGAGGGGUGUUUCCCUUGAGUCCAGCCAGUGGGCUUCCCAUGGGCAACUGAGUGCCUCCUGUGAGAACCAGAUGCUAGAUGAGAGGCUGUUUGGCUGAUCUAGCAGGAAUGCUUUUCUGUCACUAGAAUCCAAAAGAGGGUAUAUACAAUUGUGUUUGGGAAUUGUUUGUUCCAAUGGAGUUGGGGCUGAGUUGAAGAGCUCCAGAAGUUGAAGGAAGUUUGCGAGGCCUGCUGAACGUAUCAGAUGUGCCCUGGGGUAUAAAGACAACCCCAACCUAGCUUCAUUCUAGAAAGCAUAUAAUAUGCCAGCUUUGGAGCAAUCAGGAAGGAGGAAUGAUUUUUCUGGGUUUUCCUCCAUUUUUGUUCACCUGGUGACUACUGACUCUCUGCAAAUGAUCCAAGGAGGCUGAUUUUCUUUUUCCUUGUCUUUAUUUUUAAUUAUUAUUUUUGGAGGAGGAAUGCUUCUGGUCCUCAGGAUCCGAGGUGAAAUGUCAUCUGAGAUCUGGAUGCAACACGUUUGGAAGCACAGUAUCCAGGGUGUCCCAGGGACUUUGGAAAUGAUGAUACUGAAGGGUGCUCUAUCGUGGGAUGGGUCCAGUGGGCUGUUUGACGUAAAGCACUCCUGCAGAUUUAUUUUUCCUUAGGUGCUACUGCACAAAGCAGAUAUGGUGGGGGUCCCAAAACUCUGGGAAUGUGAUGCCAUUUAUGGAAUAUCAGGAGGCCUCCAAUUGAGUAAAGAGCAGUGACUCGGUAACUUAACACAUCCAGUCAGAAUAAAAUGCAGGGGGCUUUAUUGCAGUUGGGAACUCCUGCUGUAGUGCCUGCUGAGAAUGGUGCAUUCGUGCUGAGCUUUCUGUUGGUUGAGCACUUUGGAGUUCCCACAGGAAAGGAAACUUGGCUGGUUGGAGGUCCCAGUGAUUUGGCAGCUGUAAAAAUAAUAAAACCACAGAGAAAUGUAGGUGUGUCUUCCCAUUGCUCUGGUGUGUAGUGCUUCUUCCCUUGGGCUAAGCCAUAGUUUUCCUAACCAAAGCGGGGGGAGGGGCAGGUGCUAGUAAGCGAUUGGAUUCACGCCACAAACUAGGCUAGGGUAAAACGGGGUUAGGUGGCUUGUGAUCAGCAUAUGAUGGCAACCCACCCAUUGAUUUCCAAUGUUGUCCAAAUUGGACCAUCACAUAGUACACAUGGUUUAUUUGUUUGGGCAUUACAUUAUCUGAACACAGCAACUGUAUUUGGCAACCAAAUUAUUCAGGAAUAAUAUUUCCUCCUAUAAUC